ACUCCGUACGCGUCUACGAUUUGUUUCCGAAAAGGUCGUCGAUGACUUUGCGAAUAUACAAAAUUACAAAGAAAAAGUGUAGCUGUUGUUGUGUCAUCAUAUAAAUACGUUUUUAGUGAUAAAUAUACACAUAAUGGCCGGAGCAAUGUUAUUCGAGAGGUCACGCGUAUCCUCGUCGAACAGAGACGAAGACGUCCGCAUGACCGACAAAAUGGUUAGCACAGGUGAGGUACCCGAAGAUGACGAAGAAAACAUAAGGGCUAAAGAACAAGGAAUUUUGAAUCUUGGUGAAAAAUACAAGAAAGAAGGAAAGGCUAAAGAGUUGGCGGAACUGAUCAAAGCAACGAGGCCUUUUCUAAGCCUUAUUAGUAAGGCCAAAGCUGCGAAACUGGUCCGCUCUUUAGUAGAUUUUUUCUUGGAUUUAGAAGCAGGUAUUGGUAUUGAAGUGCAGCUAUGUAAAGAGUGUAUAGAAUGGGCAAAGGAGGAACGCAGAACCUUUCUACGACAGUCCUUGGAGGCGCGACUAAUCGCGCUGUAUUUUGAUACUGGUAUGUACACAGACGCUUUGGAUUUAGCCACUGCAUUGUUAAAAGAGCUUAAGAAGUUAGAUGACAAGAAUUUGCUUCUCGAAGUACUACUUUUUGAGAGUAAGACGUUCCAUGCACUAAGUAACUUGCCUAAAGCUCGAGCUUCUUUGACAUCAGCACGUACAACGGCCAAUGCUAUCUAUUGCCCGCCAAAAAUGCAGGCAGCAUUAGAUCUUCAAUCAGGUAUUCUACAUGCUGCUGAUGAGCGUGAUUUCAAAACAGCAUAUUCUUAUUUUUAUGAGGCAUUUGAAGGUUAUGAUGGAGCUGAUAGCCCUAAGGCCCUUACAGCACUGAAAUAUAUGUUGCUGUCAAAGAUUAUGCUGAAUCAAGCUGAUGAAGUUGGUACUGUAAGUAGUAGCAAAGCUGCUCUCAAAUAUGCAGGAAAGGAAAUUGAAGCAAUGCGUGCAGUUGCUACUGCUUCUUUCAAGAGAUCACUUGCUGACUUCCAGGCUGCCUUAAAGACUUACAAACCAGAGUUAGAAGAAGAUGCUGUUGUCCGUGCACACCUUGGGGCCCUUUAUGAUACCAUGUUGGAACAAAAUCUUUGUCGUAUCGUGGAGCCUUACAUGCGUGUCCAAGUUGAUCAUGUUGCACGUUGUAUCCGCUUACCCAUAGUACAAGUAGAGAAAAAAUUGUCUCAAAUGAUCCUUGAUAAAAAGCUUAAUGGAAUUUUAGACCAAGGGGAGGGUGUUCUGAUUGUGUUUGAUGAAUUCCCCCUGGAGAAAACAUAUGAAACAGUCUUGGAAACCAUUCAUCACAUGAGCAAAGUUGUGGACACACUAUAUCAAAAAGCAAAAAAGUUAUCAUAGACCCCUGUAAAUUUGUAGAAUUAAAGGUUUGUGUAUCAGAACAAAACCUUAAUUUCCAUAAAAAAAUUUUGAAUGCUAUUUUGUAAUGUGCUACUUAAAUUGGAAAAUACCUAACAGACUGGAUUAAUAUUGUACCUAACAGAGAACAUAGCAAUAAAAAGCCUCAAGAAUAUUUAAAAGUAAUGUUAUUGAAGUUUAUUAUUUACUAAUCCAUUAAUUGAUUACAUUUUUUAACUUAAGCUAGUGAAAAAUUAUAUAUUCUGUUUUAUUGAGAAUAAACAGUGUUCUCCUAAA